GCAUGGCGGCUUCCACUGCCAAUGUGGAAGGUAUAACAGGAGUGUUGGAGGACUAUUUAUCAAAAGUUGGAUUUGAAGUCUAUCCUCUUAAGGUUGGCUGGUAUAACUCUGUGCUGCCUCCCUCCCUCCACCUGGCGUACCCAGAUGACAGCCUGGCUGUGGUGGUGCUCAGCACUCCUGCUAUGUUCGAACAAGCCUUCCUGCCUUUCCUGGAGGAGAGGGGCUGUCGGGGCCUCUCCGACCCCAUAGACCAGUGUGUCAAACACUGGGUCUCUUCUGCCGUAUCCCAGUGUUUCCCAGGUCAGGAGGUGGACGUGAGGUACGACUACGAGCUGCUGCCGAGCAGGAAGCCCAAGUUCUUGGCGCAGACUGCAGCUCACGUGUCUGGAGCAGCUUUCUACUAUCAACAGUGUGAUGUCACAGACCAACCGUGGGCUCAAAAGAAAAUGUUCGGAGUGUGUGUGCAUCCGAGGUUCGGGGGCUGGUUUGCCAUCAGAGCCCUGCUGGUGUUUGGAGGUGUGACGGUGGGAUGUGAGCUGGAGCAGCCUGCUCCUCCUGACUGUGUUCCCUCCAGAGAGGCUAGGAUACAGCUGCUGGAGGCGUUCAACUUUCACUGGCAGGACUGGAGCUACAGAGACAUUGUCCCUCCUGUCCAGCUCUACUCUCAGAAACAGAGGGACUACUUUUCCACUCGUCCUGCUCAGCGGUUUGCUCUGCUGAAGGACUGGGGCUUCCUGCCGAGGGAAGACGGUCUACCUGCCUCCACCUCAGACACACAGAGUCAGGGGACCGGACACGGCUGACGGAGAAGAGCAGCUGUUGCUCCUCCGCUGAGCCUAAACCUUCACUGCUGAGCUUGCAAGCUUUUGUUGGGAGCUUUUAUGGGAGACUUUCAUAUGAACAUUUACUGCUUAUGGCCUGUGUAUGAUGUGUUUCAUCAUACAGGUACAUCUCAAAAAAUUAGAAUAUCGUGAAAAAAUUCUAUAUUUUUUGUCAAUCAUUUCAGAA